AUGAGGGUGCGACGGCGUGCCUUGAAGGUCGCCAACGGGUUCGCAGCCUUGGCCUUGCUGGCCUGGCUUCCCAGUGUCGCCUUCCAAGCGUGGCGCCAAGGCCGCCAAGGCCGCGAAGGCAGCCUGGUGCCAAGAGGGCACACUGAUCGCUCACGUCGCUCGCGUGCCAUCAGGCUCGCGAGCCCGGAGGGGUCACCAGCAGAGGAUGACCCAGACACAGGCACGAUAAGUGGAGAUGCAGCUGCAGAUUGGCAAGAGUUUCGUGCCCGUCUGGUGCAACAAGAGCGGGGUGACCCGAAUGUAGAUGGAAUCUCCCAGAAGAAGGCAGAGCAGUGGGCGUAUGAGAUGCCCGUCAUUGAACAAGGAUCUAUCCUGUUAUCCGCUCCGAAUGAUCACUUUGCCAUCAACCAGCAGUACUUUCACAAGAAUGUGAUUUUUAUUGUGACGCACACGGAUGACUUCACCAAGGGGGUGAUCUUAAACAGACCCACCGCCUUCAGCACUGUGGACGUAGAGACCAAGUUCAAAAACCUGGUGAACUUUUCCCACGAAGGUGCAGAUGAUUGGAACGUAUGGUGUGGCGGCGACUGCCAAGGUAUCAAUGAGCGUGGUGACACACCUCCGGAGUAUUCCGUGCUCCAUGGCCUGCAGUCGCUGGCAGAUCGAAGUGAGAAAAUCACUCAAGGCGUAUAUUCGAUAGGCCUAGAAGAGGCCAAGGAACUAGUUGCCACUGGAGAAGCAGACAAGGAUGACUUCCUGCUACUCGUUGGCUACUGCGGAUGGAGCCCUGGGCAGCUGCAGUCAGAGUUGGAUCGUUCAAACACUUGGACAAUGGCUUCCAUAGAUCCUCGAACACUUCUGGGUGAGCUCAGAACAGCCCAGUCCAGCCUGCGAAAGCGGAUUCAGCAGGCAUCCGCGGGCGAUAUCUUCACAGCGGAAGACGUUGGAGAUGGCAUCCAGAUGUGGGAAAGGCUGUACACAGUCUUAGGGCCCACCUACGAACAAAGCCUUGCAGACUUCAACUCCACAGGCGACAAUGACCACACGGACGAGAUGCUCCGACGCUGGAUCAACCGGUGCCUCAUACCGGCUAGGUACAGCCCAGAGAGACUUCCCGAGUCCGAGGUCGUGAAAGGCCUGCAGAAUGCGAUGAAGUCUGUGCAAGGGGGCGCGCUCAACCACGGCACAGUCUUGCGCGGCUCAGCCACUGCGUGGUUACUUGGCAAACCGACCGAGGACGUGCAGUUCGACUUGAGGCGCUUCCUGCCGGGCCAAUACUUCCACAAGUCUGUGCUGCUUUUGAUCAAGCCUGAGGACUCUGACCGGAGUGAGGGGCUGCCAAAGUCACCCAUGCAGCCAUCAGUGGCCAUGGUCGCCCUCCUCAAUGGGCCACAGCUUGGAAGGGAGGGUGGAGGCAAUGUCUACUGGGGUGGCCCUCAGGGUCCAGCCAUCAAGCUUCAAGGAAGCGAUGAGCAAUUCCGCGGCUUCACGAUCCUGUACCCAGGCAUGCUUGAGCGACUGUUGGAGCUCGGGGCCUUCGAAGUCACGGACGUUGAUGUCCGUGAGGUUGUGAAGGUUCCUGUGGAGGAACGCUGGCAGUUCGCAGGUGGUACUAUCGACAGCCUGGCAGAUGCCCGGUCUGCACAGCUGGGUGAUGUGCAGAGAGAUAAGUGGUUCAAGCGAUUCCUGUUCAAUGAGUGA